UUGGGCAGUUGAGAUCUUCAACUCACUUCAAUUACCAGCCACAGAAGUCCACAGGGACGGUAUCAUUUCACAUAUCAGCAUUAAAUUCAUCGAAAAACAAAAUACUCCACCUUAUUAUUAUUAUCAUCAUGUGAUGAUAUGCCAUUACUCAACUGUCAACCCAACCAGCAAGUGCAAAUUGGUGUUCUUGUAUUGUUGUGGCAGUUCAAUUGAUCCAAUAGAAUAAUGGAGGCAGUGAGCCCUGAACCAGCUGGGAACUCAUCACCAUUGGAUUCCAAAUCAACAACAGGAACAGCACCAAUACAAGAUGACGGCGCAUUGAAAGACAGUACAGAAUCUGAGCUCGCUAAAAUCCAUCUCAUGAGAGUUUUUGUUGAAAGCCGUGAUCCCUCUUCUAAGGAAGUGGAUGAUUUGAUGAUCAGAAGAUUCUUGCGCGCUCGUGAUUUGGAGGUGGAGAAGGCUUCAGCAAUGUUUCUCAAGUACUUGAAAUGGAGACGUUCGUUUGUUCCCAAUGGUUUUAUAUCACCUUCAGAGAUCACAGAGGAUCUUGCACAGGAGAAGAUGUACGUGCAAGGAGUUGAUAAGAAGGGUCGACCUAUAACUGUUGCCUUUGCUGCUAAACAUUUUCAAAUAAAAAAUGGUUUAGACGCAUUCAAACGGUAUGUGGUCUAUGCUCUUGACAAACUAUGUUCUAGGAUGCCACCAGGACAAGAGAAGUUUCUUGCUAUUGCAGAUAUUAAGGGAUGGGGGUAUGCGAACAGUGACCUUCGUGGAUACCUUGGUGCUCUAACAGUUUUACAGGAUUACCACCCGGAAAGAUUGGGGAAGUUGUUUAUUGUCCACGCACCUUACAUAUUUAUGAAAGUGUGGAAACUUGUUUAUCCUUUCAUUGACGACAAUACCAAGAAGAAGAUUGUAUUUGUUGACAACAAAAAGCUGAAAUCAACAUUGUUGGAAGAGAUAGAUGAGAGUCAGCUUCCUGAGAUAUAUGGAGGCCAAUUGCCAUUAGUCCCAAUCCAGGAUUCUUGAUUACAAUAAUCACAGGGCAACACAGGGGGAAAAGCAACAUUUUUUUAUGUGUGUUUGCUAAUUUAUAAAUCUAGUAUAUUCAACUACUGGAUCAGGUCAUAAAAACAGAUUGGAGUUCUAUAUAGUUGAUCAAGGUUAUCUUAGUAGGUUUCAUUAACCUUGAUUGACCAAUUCUUGCAAGCUUCAUGCUUACAAUAGGCUAUUUUUAAUGAACUUGUUCUUUGCCUGCUAUAAA